AUGCUUGCGAAGAGUGUCGAUGCAAGGGUCAGGCCUUUGGCCAAUACAAGCCUCGAAAAGUCAAGUCUUCUCGGUGCCGCUCGAAUCUAUGUCAGCAAAGAUACUCUUCUCUCCUUAAAUGGAAAUCUAGAAAGCGGAAAACACUGCGUUGUCACGCGCUUAGAAUCUGCCGCCAACAAGGAAGAUGCUCCCCAAGAAGACCUGCAACGAGAAGCCUCGCUAUGGAUCCUACCAGAGAAGAACCUCAGCCCGAAUGUCGUUAUGAUGACUAGGGCAUUCCAAGAAGCUACAGGUUUCAAAAUCGGUGACACUGUUCGCAUCACGAUUGCAGGCACAACACCAGAGGCAGAGGAAGUCGUUGUGCAAGAAGUCACUGAAGUGACAGACAAGACAGCUGCCGAGUUCGAAAAGAUGGAGAGAUUAGAGAAAGACGUAAAGUAUCCUUUUUCUUGGGAAAAUUCACUUGCAUUUGCCUUUGAUCGUGCUGAUCUCAUCUUCCCUGGUAUGGUUGUGGAAGCGGCGCACACUUGCAAGGCUCGCAGAAACUUCAAGGUCAUUUCUGUUAACUCGAAGACCAAUAGCGUUGCCAAGUUCAGCCUUUACACGGCAACCAUAAUCAUCGCUGAUGCCAAUUCAACAAGCACAGACUCAAAUGCCCAGGACCGUGGCGAUUUUGUCGUAACUGGUGUCCCUGGAAUGACAAAGCAGAUCAACACGCUGAAUGAAUUCCUACUCCUCAUCACUCACCCAUGUAAUGUGGAAGGGGAUAAGAUGUCGGCUGCUUUUGUUAUCCACGGCGGCUCCGGUACUGGCAAGACCUUCAUUUUGAAACGCAUCGCCGCAACGAAAUGGGGCAGAGUGCAUUGGAUCAAGCCCUCGGACAAGAUCGCGAGUAUCAGGGAAUCCUUCAAGGUUGCACAGAGCCAGCAACCGAGCAUCGUUCUGAUGGAUAAUUUCGAGUCUCUAAUUAGCAAAGAUCGCUCAAAUCGCGACACUGUCAUCGAAACAAUAGGCGAAGAACUGGAUGCUUUGGCCGAAAUCUCACAGUCGAAGAACGCUUACACUCAAGUCGUGGUAAUCGCGACUUGCUCCGAUUUCUAUACUGAUAUCCCCGAGGAACUGCGAUCGUCUACUCGCUUUCUGAAUCACACUCCUCUGCCUAUUCCUAGAACCCAUGAGCGUCAAGAGAUACUGGAGUCCUUUAAGCCACCGAUUAAAGGCAACAGACAAGCACUUCUCUUGGAAUUGGCACAAAUGACACACGCAUACAGCCCUAAGGACCUCGACAUCUUGAUCACAACCGCCGUCCGUGGCCGUAAAACCCAGCUUCUCAAGGCAGGAGUCGAUCCUGGCGAGGAGAAUUUCUUGGAAAAGUCUGAUCUAGAACGAGCGAGAAAGGCAGUUCGUCCCACAGCUAUGCGUGACAUCAAUCUCAACCCUCCUACUAUUCAUUGGCAGGAUGUUGGUGGUCAGGAUGUACUCAAAAAGGCACUCAAUCGAAUGAUCAAGUAUACAAAGAACCCAGAACACUCUCUUCGGCCUCCUCCCAAAGGUCUUUUGCUCUACGGGCCUCCGGGUUGCUCGAAAACUCUCUCAGCCCAAGCCGCCGCAACAGAGUCAGGCUUCAAUUUCUUUGCCGUCAAAGGUGCCGAGCUUCUUAACAUGUACGUCGGCGAGUCUGAGCGGGCUGUGCGUACUCUUUUUGAACGGGCUCGCAAUGCCUCUCCAUCAAUCAUCUUUUUCGACGAGAUCGACUCUAUCGGUGGGCAACGUUCAGGCAGCGGCUCCGCUACCCGCAGCACAGGCUCUGUCAACAUGCUCACGACCCUUCUCACUGAGAUGGACGGUUUCGAGGCUCUCUCAGGGGUGCUAAUCCUCGCAGCUACCAACCGACCUGAGGCCAUGGACCCAGCAUUAAUGCGGCCCGGCCGAUUUGACCAAGUCUUGUACGUUGGCCCUCCUGACGGAGCCGCACGAGAAGCUAUCUUCAACGUGCAUCUCCGUGGCCUACCCCUUGCAUCAGACGUCGAUAUUGCAGACCUAUCUCGACUCGCUGAAGGGUAUUCCGGAGCCGAGAUCAAGUCCAUCUGUGACCAGACCUGCAUGCUUGUCCAGGAGCGUUAUGACGAUGACAGAACGGCCAACAAGCUCGAAAUGACCAUGGCCGACUUGACAACUAUUCUUGAGAAAACACCACGGAACAUCACAAAACAGAUGAUUGAUGGGUAUGAAAAGUGGUCCAGGCAGUUCAAAAAGGUGUAA